AUGUUUAAAUAUUUCAAAAAAUAUGAUAAUACAAGAUUUUCUUAUAUUACUAAAACAAUAAAUAGUAUUCUUCCUUCAGAUUUAGAUGAAGAAUAUGACAAUUUAGCAGAAGAAGUUCUUUUUACUAUUCUGCAACUAAUACUCUAG